AUGCCUCCCGCGCCCUCGCACGCCAGCCAGCCCCUCGCCAGCACCACAGACACUCUGGCGACACACACAGCCGACCCCUCGCUCGAGACCGUCGCCGCACAGGCAGUCGCACCCUCGCACCAGCCCGUCGCAGCCGACCAAGCCUUGCUCACACCGAGCCUCGAGGCGAUUCUCGCCGCCUUCAACAAGGACGGCAACGGAGACGGCGAGUUGUUGAAGUUGAUCGUGCAGGCAAAGGCAAAGGAGGACGAGCGCCUGGCCGCACUGGACGUCUUGCGGACGGAGCAAGUCCGCCUCGCGCAGACGUACGCCGUCGUCCACCUCUACCAACAGCAAGCCCAAGUCUUGGCGCUCCAAUCGACCCAGGCGCUCAAGGGCCCGCCGCCGUACUCGCCGCUCUCUCCCCCGCCGUCAGACUACAACACCAGCGCCGGCUUGAAGCGCGGGAGGACGCCGAGCGACGCAUCGACCGCGAGCGAGGCGUCGGCCAAGAGCAAGAAGGCCAAGACCGCUUCGGCUGCCGGUCCUCCGCCCGCUGUCGUUGCAGCCGUACCGCCAGCGAAACCAACACGAGCAGACGUGAUGGCCGCCCUCCGCUCCAAAUGCGAGGCGAACCAGCGCGCCCAGCAACAACAAGUCUCUCACGCGCGCACCUCUCCCUCACUCUCCCCACCCCUCCCUUCCACUCCCUCGACGCGGCGCCCGACGCCCCCUAAAGCCUCCUCAGCCCGUCACACGCCCUUCCUCCGCCCCGCCGCUCCUCCCACCUCCUCGACCUCUCCUCCCCCUCUCCCCGACUCGUCGUCGCGAAACAAACUCGCCCUCCUCCUGCAUGCGAGCGAGUCGUCUGCUGCGUUGGCGCCCGAUUGGCAUCCCGUGCAUGUCGCGACGAGCGAUGUGCGCGGCGAGGGGGGAGAGGGACAGCCGAGGCAGGCGAGUGUGAAGGCUUGA